UUAGAUCUACAGUCGAGCCUGGUGAGGCGGUACUUACUUGUUGGGGCCCAUUGCUUCUUAAUUAUUUUGUUUUUUUACGUUGAAAUUCUAGAUUUAGAUCCAGAUUUAUCUGGUUUAAAUUUCGUUGUGUUGUGCAAUCUGGAGAUCGAGCACACACUUCAGGCACUUCACACAGUGACAGGUGUGAAAUUUUUUUAGCCUACGUCGCAGAUCUAUCACCAAAAAAAAUGAAUUCAGAGGGUGUCCCUGAAACAGAAAGCACUUCCCAACAAAUUGACAAGAUCCUACCAGUUCAACAUGAACCUUCAGCAGGAAGAUAUGGCAUUGCCCAACAUGCAGAAGAAGCUGAUCAGCCUCUUGGGACAAAGGACAGUAAACCAUUGAGACUUAUGCCUAGUAGUCCUGAAGAAAAUAUUGCUGAACUUUGUACCAAACCUGUCUCAGCUUCUCCAAUUGAUCAAGAAAACAGUGAAGCCACAGCUGUUGACCAAGACUGUAAAAAGACUGGUGAACUUCCUGCAUCUGGGAUACUUGUGAAUACUGGCCCAAAAAGGCGAGGACACAAAAGACUUAAAAAAUUUAAGGAGAGAGGUCAUUAUGUUAGACAAAUUUAUGUAGAAUUAAUAAAUGCAUGUGUAAAUGUAGGCAAAUUUAUCAAUUUCUCCUUAAGUAAAAUGAAAAUUUCAAAAGUAUAUGUCAAAAUUAGAAUAAAUAGCAGGCUUACAAGUGACUUGUAUAAUAAGAGAGAAUAUUUUUUUACUAGACUAAAAUUUGCAAUAUACAAACUUGCCAGUAAUUGGAUAAAAGGAGAGGCUAUUAGAUUAAGUUCAAAAGCUGAUAAAGCAGGGUUUGAUUUUAAACAUUGUACUGGAUGUGAUAUAUUUAAUUUGCCAAACUUUUAUGAUUUUUCUGCAGAAAAAUUAAAUAUGAAAAUUAUAAGAGGGAAAUAA